GAUAAAUACCAAUUGACCGAAAAUUGAAAAAAUAAAAACCACUUCAGCUCUGGAGUUCGAGCUCUAGCCCCUAAUCUCCGACCUCCUUUUGCCUCUCUUUGUACUCAAAUUGCUUCCAAAUUGGUCUUAAAUCUUCGUCUCCUUAGAAAUUUAAGCGAUGGCCGGGCAAUCUGAUCCUAACCUCUCUAUCUUUUCCGCAGAAGAGGUUGAGUUUAUGGCUGAGGAUGAGUUGGUGGAGAUUGUGCCCAAUAUGAGGAUGGAUAAACUCACUCUAAUCUGUGGAGAUUAUGGUCCAUUCUUCCCGCAAAUGCCUGCGCAAGUUCCGCUGUGGCUGGCAAUUGCGUUGAAGAAGAGGGGGAAAUGUACAAUUCGACUCCCGGAUUGGAUGUCGGUCGAAAACUUGAGCCAAACUUUGGAAGCGGAGCGUGACUCUCAGGAAUCCUUUCAAGUCCUACCUUUCCAUUAUGUCGAAAUUUCAAGGCUUCUUUUUGAUCAUGCACGCGGUGACAUUCCUGAUGUAUAUACGGUGAGGUCUCUUAUUGAAGACAUUAGGGAUGUAAGGUUUCAUAAGGUCGAGACUAGCUUAGAAUCAUUUGAGGAUGCUCGCUCUUCUGCAGUGAAGGUUAAAAAUCUGUCCGCAAUGGAAGUGAAUUUAGUUCGUCCAUUUGUUGGGAGAGCCUUACAGGCAUUUUAUAAGCAUGGCAGUCCAGAGCUGGUUCCAAAUCCAGAGAGAAUGCCUCCCAGACAGCCACAAGCAACUGAUAACAUCCAAAGACGCCCUCUGCGGAAACGGUAGAGCUUUCAUGGUGUCAACAGGUCCUUUUAGUUCCACCAGAAACACUAAUUUAGCUCGCCAGGAAAGUAGUGAUGCUCUUUGAACAACAUUUUAAGCAGAAUCCUUGUUGUAGUUAAUAAUGCUUUCUAUUGAAGUUAUUGAAAUUCUUAUAUAAUACAGUUCAGAAGUUUUACAUUCUUGCAUAGUUGUAAAUGAUCCAAAGUUUCUCUUUUCCUUUUUAUGAUGCAAUACUAUAUGAAGCCUUUUGUUUGUGAUA